CCUCAAACUCCGCGGACUUUCCAUAAACAAACGAAUUAACAAAACACGACCGAAACGCGCGUUGCCUCGUACCUUGAUACCCUCUCUCGGUUUCCCCAUAUAUAGUCGCUCUCCGUCGGCAGCAAGCAGGAACCCCGCCUUCGCUUCUCUCCAACCAUCUCUGCUGUGGCUGAGCCCGCCUGCGUUAGACAGAGAGAGAGAGAGAGAGAUGUCGGAAACAAGCGCUGAGAGCGUCGAGGAACUAACGCUCGAGUCGACCCCGACAUGGGCCGUGGCAACGGUUUGCUUCGUCCUGAUAUUGGUCUCCGUCUUCCUCGAGCAUCUGAUACAUCUUCUAGCUCAGUACUUGCAGAACAAGAAGAAAAGGGCUCUAAUUCAGGCGCUGGACAAGAUCAAAUCUGAGCUGAUGCUGUUGGGGUUUAUAUCACUGCUCCUGACCGUGACGGAGAGGUGGAUCGCGAAUAUCUGCAUCCCGAAGAGCGUGGCCGAGACGUUCUUGCCUUGCAGCACCUGGGAAUCUAGUGAGGAAGAGGAAGAAACUAAAUGCCUUGAGCAGGGGAAGGUGUCUCUUUUGUCGAGGGAAGGUGUGCGGCAAUUGCAGUACUUGAUCUUCGUGCUCGCCUUCUUCCAUUCUCUUUCCUGCAUGCUCACUUUCGCACUCGGGAUGGCCAAGAUGAGGAAGUGGGAAUCUUGGGAAGCAGAAACGAGGACUUUGGAUUACCAAUUCUCAAACGACCCAAGAAGGUUCAAGCUCGUCCAUCAGACAUCAUUCGCAAGGCGACACUUGACUUGUUGGAGCGAUCUCCGUAUUCUCCGUUGGCCGGGAUGUUUUCUUCGGCAGUUUUACAAUUCAGUCUCGAAAGUAGAUUACAUGACGCUGCGUCAUGGAUUUAUUAUGGCCCAUUUGUCCGAAGGAACCACGUUUGACUUCCAGAAGUAUAUCAAAAGGGCGUUGGAAAAAGAUUUUGGUGUUGUUGUAGGGAUAAGCUUCUGGAUUUGGAUCUUCCUAGUCAUUUUCAUAUUCUUCCACGCACAUGUGUUCUAUAAUUAUCUAUGGCUUCCCUUUAUUCCACUGGUGAUGCUGUUGCUGGUGGGGACAAAGCUACAAGGAAUAAUAACAAAGAUGUGCAUCGAUAGCAAUGAUAAGUCCAACGUUGUGAGGGGGACUUUGCUGGUCAGACCGAGCGACCAUUUCUUCUGGUUUGGGAGACCCAAAUUGCUACUUCACCUCAUGCACUUCAUACUUUUUCAGAACUCCUUCCAAGUGGCAUUCUUCACAUGGACUUGGUACAAGUUUGGGUUCCGGUCUUGCUUUCACGAAAGAACAGAGGAUAUUAUCAUCGAGUUCACGAUGGGAGCGUUAGUGCAAUUCCUCUGUGGAUAUGUCACUUUGCCUCUCUAUGCUUUGGUCACCCAGAUGGGCACGUCCAUGAGUGGAGCCGUUUUCACGGAAAACGUUCGCGAGGGACUAAAGAGAUGGCGAGCCACUGCUCGGAAAAACCUCGCCCCCCGUGACCCUUACGCUGCAUGCCUUUCGCUCGAGGCUUCCGUCACAUCGCUGGACGCUUCGGUCACGUCGCUUGAUGCUUCCGUCACGUCGCACGAUGCUUAUUCUCCUUCUUUCGGUCACGACGCCGCCUUCUCCAUCGAUCUUGACCAUCCCGACCUUGAGUCAUCAAUCAGUCUCGAUACAGUGGACGGAGAAAAUAAUUCCCAUCUGAAAACUGUGGAAGAUCGCCGGAAGAAGGGAUCUUUUGAUGGUUUUGUAAUCAGCUCGACGACGAGGUGAUUGAAAGUCAGAUUGGAAGAGGUUAUUGAGCUUAAAAUCAGUUCUAGUGAUCGGAGGAGAGAUUAGUACAAUGGUUGUCUUGCUCUAAUCAUGAAAUUACUAGAUAAGGGAAGUCGAUGUACAGCCAUAUCCCGGAGCUUGGACAGAUUCCGGCACCGAUGAUUGAUUUUGGAGAAGAGUGGAAGGAUCGGGCGUUGAAUUUGCUAUGCUCAUUUUCUCUCUAGAAUUGCCACUACUAUACGUCAGUUUGGUGUAAAUGUUUAUUUGUUGAUAUAUGAAUAUAUUAAUAGUGACACAGUUGAUAAUUCA